AUGCUACCGACUCCAGAAGUUGCAGCAGAUGACAGAGUUUAUGAACCAUCAGAGGACUCGUUCCUACUCCUAGACUGUUUUGAACAAUCCCUUGAGCAGCUACAACAGACCUACAAGAACCCAGUUGUAUGUGAGAUAGGAUCAGGUUCUGGAGUGGUGACAGCGUUCCUUAAAAUGCAUGUCUUUCCUAAAGCCCUUUUCCUUGCCACAGACUUGAAUCCAACUGCUUGCUCGACUGUAUUAUCUACAAUUAAGAAAAACGAGCCAGAAGUGCCGAAAGCAGGGGUUGUAUCUGUUCUACAGAUGAGCCUAGCAGAAGGUAUACGGAAGAACUCCAUCGACAUUUUAGUAUUCAACCCGCCUUACGUUCCCGCAGAGGAAGUGCCAGAAGUCCCCAAAACAGAUGAAGAUUAUACGUGGCUCGACUUGGCACUUCUUGGAGGAAGUGAUGGUAUGGUGGUAACAUGGCAGCUUCUAGACAGGCUAGACGAAUACUUGACACCCAACGGUGUAGCGUACAUUUUAUUCUGUGCUAGAAAUAAACCAGACGAAGUGGCGAAGGUCAUGGAAAGUCGUGGUUGGACAGUUGAGACAGUCAUACACAGAAAAGCCGGAUGGGAGGUGCUCAGCGUUCUUCUGUUUCGCAAGGACAGUCAAGGAAGUAUAUAA